CUUCUGGGUUGUGCUUGAAUGAUCACCUACACUUUUGAUUGUGCCCCGGCGCUUUCUUAUGGUGUUUUUGGGUCACAUCGUAUGAGUAGUCCUCGACUCCUCGUCCUGAGCUACAGUCGUCGACGACCAAGGGAGUAGGACUCAUCUGUUUCCGCCGUGUUUGGUCAUUUGGACAUAUUGUCGGGUCCAUGGACUUAUUUUCUCACGUGUGUUAUAAUACUCUUGACGUCAGUGACUCCGGAUCCAGACAGUUCUGGGAUGUUCUGGGGAAAUCGAGACAGAGAGGUUGAAUGUCCUGAACUUUCCUGAACAACAUUCGCCACCGCAGCAUAGUGCUAUAUAGUACUGACUUCAACCUACAUCUCCUAAAUACAUCACCUUAUGGGCGCCGACUACUACAAGCUUUUGGGCAUUUCUCGGGACGCCACCGACGAUGAAAUCAAGAAGGCAUACAAGAAAAUGGCUCUGAAGUGGCAUCCAGACCGCAACGGAGGGUCUGAAGAAGCUUCAAAGAAGUUUAAGGAGAUUUCAGAAGCAUUUGAAGUCCUCAGUGACAAGGACAAGCGAACCAUAUACGACCAAGUCGGUGAAGAAGGCCUCAAAGGCGGCGGUGGAGGGCCUGCAUCUGGCGCUGGUUUUCCUGGUUUCGCCAGUUCCUCAGGCUUCCCAGGGGGGGCCACUUUUUCAUUCACGUCUGGUCCUGGGGGCAGUCCAUUCGCAUCAAGUACUGGUGGCGCACGGCCAGGUGGCUUUGCGCCAACUGACCCGCAAAAAAUAUUCGAGCAAAUAUUCAGCCAAUUUGGCGGCAUGGGUGGAGGCUUCGGAGGCGGUUCUGGAGGUUUCGGGGGCAUGGGCGGUUCUCCAAGCAUGGGCGGAAUGGGCGGCAUGGGCGGCAGGAGUGGAAUGAGUGGCAGGAGUGGUACGAGUGGCAUGGGCAGAAGUCCGAACAUUUUUGAUGACGACGACAUAGGUGGUGGAUCUUUCUACGGAAUGCCAGGGGGCAUGCCAUCAGGGCGACAAUCUCCCGGACGUCAAUCAUCUACGUCAACUUCAACCUCAGCAUCAGCCCCAUCAGAGACUACUCGCCCACUGAAGCUCUCUCUUGAAGAGCUAUAUUCGGGUGCGACUAAACACCUGAAGGUCAGCAGACGACUAUUGGACGGCACCACGGAGGAGAAGGUCCUUGAAAUUCAAGUUCUCCCUGGCUGGAAGAGCGGCACCAAGAUACGUUUCCCUCGAGCCGGCAAUGAGCAGCCGAACGGCGAGGCACAAGAUCUGGUCUUCGUCGUGGAGGAGAAGCCACACGAGGUUUUCACACGAGAAGGCGAUGAUCUGAUUUGCCGCCUAAGGAUACCCUUAAUCGACGCACUCACAGGCGCAGACGGAAAGAGGACUAUCGAGACUUUGGACGGCCGAAAACUGCAGAUCCCGUUGCCUCCUGGCGUUAUAAAACCCAACCAGGAGACAAGAAUUCCCAACGAAGGGAUGCCGAUUAGAAAGCAGGGCAGCCUGAAGAAAAAAGGAGACCUCAUAGUGCGGUGGGAUGUGGUAUUCCCAGACCGACUUACGCCCGCACAGAAAGAGGGCCUGAAGAAGGUGUUGGUCUAA